AUGGCCUCUACUACUCAAGGGAUACAACUGAGCAAAGUGAGCCCAUCGUUUCUCCACGCCAACUCUACAAGCCACACUUGGACUUUCAGUGCUAUUGCCGAACUUAUCGACAAUGCUUAUGAUCCCGAUGUCAAUGCGUCUCAAUUGUGGAUCGACAAGUACAAUAUCAACAAUAAAAUCUGUUUAUCUUUUGUUGAUAAUGGAAAUGGCAUGGAACCUGAUAAACUACUUAGAAUGCUUAGUUUUGGAUUUUGUGAAAAAGUUGCAGUUGGUGGCCAUAAGCCAAUUGGACAGUAUGGUAAUGGAUUUAAAUCCGGUUCAAUGCGACUUGGGCGUGAUGCUUUGGUGCUUACACGGACCAUUAAUUGUAUGAGUGUGGGCAUGUUGUCUCAGAAUUACUUGGAAGCUGUAAGAGAAGAGACAGUUCUUGUCCCCAUUGUUACAUGGAAGCUACCACAGAAAAUUCGUUCUACAAGCCAAGGUACUUUAAACAGCCUCCGUGCUAUUUUGAAGUAUUCUAUUUUCCGCACAGAGAAGAGUCUCUUAGAUGAAUUGGCUUCAUUGGAAAUGCUAAAGACAGGCACGAAAAUUAUUAUCUACAACCUCAAAAGAGGAAAUGAUGGCAAACUCGAACUGGACUUCGAAAGUGAUCCCGUUGACAUCCGAAAUCCAGAAAGUCACGAGUUUGAUUAUUCCUCCAUUAACCGUCCUCUCAGUCAAUACUCACCUGAAUAUCGCAGAUCCCUUAGGGAAUAUGGUUCUAUUUUGUUCUUGAAACCCAGAAUGAAAAUCAUUCUCAGAGGCAAGAAAAUACAAACUAAACUGAUCUCCAAAAGUUUAUCCCAAACAGAAACGGAUAUUUAUCGACCAACAUGGCUGCCAAAACCAAUUCUACUAACAUUUGGAUUUAGUCCGAAUAAAAAUGAUCAUAACACUGAAAAUUAUGGUGUUCUCAUGUAUCACAGAAAUCGUCUCAUCAAGGCGUAUGAAAAAGUUGGCUUCCAGAGGCAAGCCAAUGAAUUGGGAGUAGGUGUUGUAGGAGUGGUUGAGGUGGACUUUUUAGAUCCAAUUCAUAAUAAGCAGGAUUUUAAGCGAACUGACAGAUACAACUCGUUUAUGACUUCCCUUGGUACGAAAUUAAAUGAUUAUUGGAAUGAAAAAUGUGGCAGUACAGGAAAAAGUAAUUCAUCUAAUACUAACAAGUGA